GUGGCCUAGAACAUUGGCAGGCAUCACAGCAUACCUGCUGUGUACGCGUUACUCUGCAGGCAGUGGGAUAUAUCCUGGCAACUCGCAGGAUGAGAGAAGAGCCUGGCGCAGAUGCGACAGGGGAGGGUACUGGGCAGAAGAAGACUACUCCAGAUGCCAGUAUGCAAAUGAUGUGACUCGAGUUCUGUAUAUGUUCAAUCAGAUGCCGCUCAACCUUACUAAUGCGGUGGCAACAGCGAGACAGCUCUUGGCUUACACUGUUGAAGCAGCAAAUUUUUCUGAUAAGAUGGAUGUUAUUUUUGUGGCUGAAAUGAUAGAGAAAUUUGGAAGAUUUGCUGAAAAGUAUAAAGAGCUUGGUGAUGUGAUGGUGGACAUAGCAAGUAAUAUUAUGUUAGCUGAUGAACGUGUUCUGUGGAUGGCACAAAGGGAAGCCAAGGCUUGCACUAGAAUUGUGCAGUGUCUACAGAAAAUUGCUAUGUAUCGGCUUGCAAAUGGAGCUCAAGUUUAUUCUACUUAUUCUCCAAAUAUUGCUCUUGAGGCUUAUGUAAUAAAGACUGCUGGUUUCACUGGGAUGACAUGCACCGUUUUUCAGAAAGUGGCUACGUCAGACCGUACAGGACUGAGUGAUUAUGGGAGAAGAGAUCCAGAUGGAAAUCUGGAUAAACAAUUAAGCUUUAAGUGCAAUGUUUCCAAUACACUGUCAAGUCUGGCUUUAAAGAACACAAUUGUAGAGGCUUCCAUCCAGUUGCCAGCUUCCCUUUUCACCCAAAAACAAAAAAGAGAAAUCAGACCAGCAGAUGAAUCUGUCUAUAAGCUUCAACUUAUUGCAUUUCGCAAUGGAAAGCUUUUUCCAGCAACAGGAAAUUCAACAAAUUUGGCUGAUGAUGGGAAACGUCGUACAGUUGUAACACCAGUUAUUCUUACCAAGAUAGAUGGUUUGAACCGAGCCAGUCACCACGUUCCUAUAAAUGUGACACUGCGGCGCAUUGCACAUGGAGCAGAUGCUGUUGCAGCUCAGUGGGACUUUGAUCUGCUGAAUGGACAAGGGGGAUGGAAAUCUGAUGGUUGUCGCAUUCUUCUGUCAGAUGAAAAUAUUACUACCAUUCAGUGCUACUCCCUCAGCAACUAUGCCGUUUUGAUGGACUUGACAGGAGCUGAAUUAUAUACGCAGGCAGCUGAUCUUUUGCAUCCAGUAACUUAUGCCACUGCCAUGGUUUUGCUGAUGUGCCUGUUGAUGAUCAUAGUCAGUUACAUAUACCAUCACAGUGUGAUCAGGAUCAGCGUAAAAAGCUGGCAUAUGCUAGUUAACCUGAGCUUUCAUAUUUUCCUGACAUGUGUGAUGUUUAUUGGAGGCAUAACUCAGACCACGAAUGCCAGCAUUUGCCAAGCAGUUGGGAUAAUUCUCCAUUAUUCCACUCUUGCAACAGUACUGUGGCUGGGAGUGACAUCUCGUAAUAUUUACAAGCAAGUAACCAAGAAAGCAAAAAGAUGUCAAGAUCCUGAUGAGCCCCCUCCUCCACCCAGACCAAUGUUGAGGUUCUACCUCAUUGGCGGAGGGAUCCCGAUCAUAGUUUGUGGAAUAACAGCGGCAGCAAACAUCCGAAAUUAUGGCAGCAGACCUAAUGCUCCUUAUUGCUGGAUGACUUGGGAACCUAGCUUAGGAGCAUUCUAUGGACCAGCUAGCUUUAUAGUUUUCAUAAACUGCAUGUAUUUUCUCAGCAUAUUCAUACAACUAAAACGUCACCCUGAACGUAAAUACGAACUUAAGGAACCCAUUGAGGAGCAGCAGCGUCUGGCUGGUAGUGAACACGGGGAACUAGCUCAUCAGGAUUCACUGUCGGUGUCACUUGUUUCUACAUCUGCGUUGGAGAAUGAGCACAGUUUUCAAGCACAGCUGCUGGGAGUGGGCCUUACUUUGCUUUUGUAUGUCGCUCUCUGGAUCUUUGGAGCUCUCUCAGUUUCCCUUUAUUAUCCCAUGGACCUGAUCUUCAGCUGCUUUUUUGGGGCAACAUGUUUAAGCCUCAGUGCCUUUCUUAUGGUGCACCACUGUGUUAACAGGGAAGAUGUCAGGCACGCCUGGGUAACAACAUGCUGCCCUGGAAGGAGUACGUAUUCGGUGCAAGUGAACGUGCAGCCCUCCAGCUCCGGUGGAACCAAUGGGGAGGCCCCUAAGUGCACCAACAGUAGUGCAGAAUCUUCAUGCACUAAUAAAAGCACAUCAAGCCUGAAAAAUUCUUCUCAAGGUUGUAAACUAACUAACUUACAAGCUGCAGCAGCUCAGUGCCACCCUACCUCUCUGCCAUUGAACACAGGUCCUCAACUUGACAACAGUCUCACAGAGCAUUCAGUGGAUAACGAUAUCAAAAUGCAUGUAGCUCCUUUAGAGGUACAGUUUCGGACAAAUGGACACCCAAGUCGGCAUCAUAAGAACAGAAGCAAGGGACAUCGCGCUAGCAGGCUCGCGGUGUUGAGGGAAUACGCCUAUGAUGUUCCCACAAGUGUGGAAGGAAGUGUGCAAAAUGGCUUGCCUAAAAGUCGACAAAGCAACAGCGAAGGGCAUUCAAGGAGCAGAAGAGCCUAUUUGGCAUAUAGAGAACGUCAAUAUAACCAGUCGCAACAAGAUAGCAGCGAUGCUUGCAGUACACUUCCAAAAAGUAGCAGAAAUACUGAAAAAUCAAUAGCUACCAACAACAAAAAAGAUAUCCUAAGGAAACCAAUAGCGGUUGAAGUUGAAAACCAACAAAAAUCUUAUGGCUUAAAUUUAGCCAUUCAGAAUGGACCGCUUAAAAGCGGUGGGCAGGAUGGACCCUUGCUCACUGCGGACAGUACUGGCAAUAUUAGAACUGGGUUGUGGAAACACGAAACUACUGUGUAGCAUUACAGUUCAUUCCGGGAUGAAUCCCUUCAAACUGUGAUUACACAUUCCUCAAAGCCGUUAACACUUGUAAAGACUGUUUACAAACUGUAGGUACUCUGUGCAGGGAGGGAACAAAGAUAAUCUGCCAAGCAAAAGAUUAUGUGCAUUGUUAUCUUUGCUGUUCUUACAAAGAUGAACUUCUGGUAUUUUGUGAAGUUUUUUUGAAGCAUCACUCUCCAGACAUGCAGAACAUAACUUUGUACAUUUUUAUUUUUCACCUGUAACCCUGCAGAUGUGUCCACAACACAUUUCAAAUUUGUAAUUAAAUGUAUAAUAAAUAGUAUUUUCCCCAGCA